AUGGGUAUGUACAUACAAAGAGUGACCAGGUUAUGCAGCAAUGCAGAGGGUUUUUGUCCGGAGAAUACCUAUAUAACUAGUGAUGGAUGCGCUUGCAAAGCACAGGGAUAUUACUUUGACGGAGUGUCUUGUAUCGACAUUAACGAGUGCGUGUUCCAGCCUUGCACUAACGCCUUACGAUUUGAUCACACAGGGCACUGUAUAAAUCUACUGGGAAGUUAUUUCUGCCUGUGUAGGGCCGGUUACCAAUGGGACGGAACAACGUGCAGAGACAUAAAUGAGUGCUCGGAAAAUCCACAGCUUUGCAAUACAGGGACGUGUCGAAACAGGGCGGGAUCUUAUUACUGUGACUGUGAUGAGGACGCUGUCAACUGUAUGGGCACCUGUAUAACAGAGACUGAGUGCAAUGUGUUCAAAGGAAUCACAACGGAAGUAAAGAAAUCCAGACACAAGAGAAAUUUAGAAAACGACUACGAAACAAUUCCACAAGAAAUAGCUGGUGUAGAAUUCGGCACAACCGAAGGAAAAAUUAGGUCGGAUAGCAGUAAAUUCUACGAUGAUGAUUCUGCCAUGGAAUUCAAAGAUGGAGAAACUGGUCAAUUCUUUAGUGGUAAUUCUGCUGAAGGAUUUGAGAUCAGUCUUGCUGGUGAUGAAUAUGGUACAGCUGGCGGAAUUGGCUUCGUAGAUAUGAUGUCCGAUGAUAAUCAAUUGUUCAAUGGUGCUUCUGCCAAAGGAUUCAAGAUUAAUGAUGCUGGUGAUGAAUAUGGUACACCUGGUGUAGUUGGCUUCGGAGAUAUGAUUUCCAAUGAUAGUCAAUUGUUUAAUGAUAAUUCAGAUGAAGGAUUGGAGAUCAGUGUUUCUGGUAAUGAAUAUGGUACAGCUAGAGGAGUUGGCUUUGGAGAAAUGAUGUCCGGUGGGAGUCAAUUGUUCUUUGAGGAUGGUGCUGGUGCUGAAUACAGUACAGCUGGUGGAGUUGGCUUCGGAGAUAUGAUGUCCGAUGAUGGUCAGUUCGUCAGUGGUGCUUCUGCUAAAACAUUCACCGAGGAUGGUGCUGGUGCUGAAAACAGUACAGCUGGUGGAGUUGGCUUCGCAGAUAAGAUGUCUGAUGAUGGUCAGUUCGUCAGUGGUGCUUCUGCAGAAAUAUUCACUGAGGAUGGUGAUAAUGCUGAAUACGGUACAGCUGGUGGAGUUGGCUUCGCAGAUAUGAUGUCUGAUGAUGGUCAAUUCUUUAGUGGUGCUUCAGCUGAAACAUUCACUGAGGAUGAAGCUGGUGAUAAAUAUGAUACAGCUGGUGGAGUUGGCUUCGGAAAUAUGAUGUCCGAUAAUGGUCAGUUCUUCAGUGGUGCUUCAGCUGAAACAUUCACUGAGGAUGGUGCUAGUGCUGAAUACAGUACAGCUGAUGGAGUUGGCUUCGGAGAUAUGAUGUCCGAUGAUGGUCAGUUCGUCAGUGGUGCUUCUGCUAAAACAUUCACCGAGGAUGGUGCUGGUGCUGAAAACAGUACAGCUGGUGGAGUUGGCUUCGCAGAUAAGAUGUCUGAUGAUGGUCAGUUCGUCAGUGGUGCUUCUGCAGAAAUAUUCACUGAGGAUGGUGAUAAUGCUGAAUACGGUACAGCUGGUGGAGUUGGCUUCGCAGAUAUGAUGUCUGAUGAUGGUCAAUUCUUUAGUGGUGCUUCAGCUGAAACAUUCACUGAGGAUGAAGCUGGUGAUAAAUAUGAUACAGCUGGUGGAGUUGGCUUCGGAGAUAUGAUGUCCGAUAAUGGUCAGUUCUUCAGUGGUGCUUCAGCUGAAACAUUCACUGAGGAUGGUGCUAGUGCUGAAUACAGUACAGCUGAUGGAGUUGGCUUCGGAGAUAUGAUGUCCGAUGAUGGUCAGUUCGUCAGUGGUGCUUCUGCAGAAAUAUUCACUGAGGAUGGUGCUAGUGCUGAAUACAGUACAGCUGGUGGAGUUGGCUUCGGAGAUAUGAUGUCUGAUAAUGGUCAGUUCGUCAGUGGUGCUUCUGCAGAAAUAUUCACUGAGGAUGGUGCUAGUGCUGAAUACAGUACAGCUGAUGGAGUUGGCUUCGGAAAUAUGAUGUCUGAUGAUGGUCAGUUCGUCAGUGGUGCUUCUGCAGAAAUAUUCACUGAGGAUGGUGCUAGUGCUGAAUACAGUACAGCUGGUGGAGUUGGCUUCGGAGAUAUGAUGUCCGAUAAUGGUCAGUUCGUCAGUGGUGCUUCUGCAGAAAUAUUCACUGAGGAUGGUGCUAUUGCUGAAUACAGUACAGCUGGUGGAGUUGGCUUCGGAGAUAUGAUGUCUGAUGAUGGUCAGUUCGUCAGUGGUGCUUCUGCAGAAAUAUUCACUGAGGAUGGUGCUAAUGCUGAAUACGGUACAGCUGGUGGAGUUGGCUUCGGAGAUAUGAUGUCCGAUAAUGGUCAGUUCUUCAGUGGUGCUUCAGCUGAAACAUUCACUGAGGAUGGUGCUAGUGCUGAAUACAGUACAGCUGAUGGAGUUGGCUUCGGAGAUAUGAUGUCCGAUGAUGGUCAGUUCGUCAGUGGUGCUUCUGCAGAAAUAUUCACUGAGGAUGGUGCUAGUGCUGAAUACAGUACAGCUGGUGGAGUUGGCUUCGGAGAUAUGAUGUCUGAUAAUGGUCAGUUCGUCAGUGGUGCUUCUGCAGAAAUAUUCACUGAGGAUGGUGCUAGUGCUGAAUACAGUACAGCUGAUGGAGUUGGCUUCGGAAAUACGAUGUCUGAUGAUGGUCAGUUCGUCAGUGGUGCUUCUGCAGAAAUAUUCACUGAGGAUGGUGCUAGUGCUGAAUACAGUACAGCUGGUGGAGUUGGCUUCGGAGAUAUGAUGUCCGAUAAUGGUCAGUUCGUCAGUGGUGCUUCUGCAGAAAUAUUCACUGAGGAUGGUGCUAUUGCUGAAUACAGUACAGCUGGUGGAGUUGGCUUCGGAGAUAUGAUGUCUGAUGAUGGUCAGUUCGUCAGUGGUGCUUCUGCAGAAAUAUUCACUGAGGAUGGUGCUAGUGCUGAAUACGGUACAGCUGGUGGAGUUGGCUUCGGAGAUAUGAUGUCCGAUAAUGGUCAGUUCUUCAGUGGUGCUUCAGCUGAAACAUUCACUGAGGAUGGUGCUAGUGCUGAAUACAGUACAGCUGAUGGAGUUGGCUUCGGAGAUAUGAUGUCCGAUGAUGGUCAGUUCGUCAGUGGUGCUUCUGCAGAAAUAUUCACUGAGGAUGGUGCUAGUGCUGAAUACAGUACAGCUGGUGGAGUUGGUUUCGGAGAUAUGAUGUCCGAUAAUGGUCAGUUCGUCAGUGGUGCUUCUGCAGAAAUAUUCACUGAGGAUGGUGCUAGUGCUGAAUACAGUACAGCUGAUGGAGUUGGCUUCGGAAAUAUGAUGUCUGAUGAUAGUCAGUUCGUCAGUGGUGCUUCUGCAGAAAUAUUCACUGAGGAUGGUGCUAGUGCUGAAUACAGUACAGCUGGUGGAGUUGGCUUCGGAGAUAUGAUGUCUGAUAAUGGUCAGUUCGUCAGUGGUGCUUCUGCAGAAAUAUUCACUGAGGAUGGUGCUAGUGCUGAAUACAGUACAGCUGGUGGAGUUGGCUUCGGAGAUAUGAUGUCUGAUAAUGGUCAGUUCGUCAGUGGUGCUUCUGCAGAAAUAUUCACUGAGGAUGGUGCUAGUGCUGAAUACAGUACAGCUGAUGGAGUUGGCUUCGGAAAUAUGAUGUCUGAUGAUGGUCAGUUCGUCAGUGGUGCUUCUGCAGAAAUAUUCACUGAGGAUGGUGCUAGUGCUGAAUACAGUACAGCUGGUGGAGUUGGCUUCGGAGAUAUGAUGUCCGAUAAUGGUCAGUUCGUCAGUGGUGCUUCUGCAGAAAUAUUCACUGAGGAUGGUGCUAUUGCUGAAUACAGUACAGCUGGUGGAGUUGGCUUCGGAGAUAUGAUGUCUGAUGAUGGUCAGUUCGUCAGUGGUGCUUCUGCAGAAAUAUUCACUGAGGAUGGUGCUAGUGCUGAAUACGGUACAGCUGGUGGAGUUGGCUUCGGAGAUAUGAUGUCCGAUAAUGGUCAGUUCUUCAGUGGUGCUUCUGCAGAAAUAUUCACUGAGGAUGGUGCUAGUGCUGAAUACAGUACAGCUGGUGGAGUUGGUUUCGGAGAUAUGAUGUCCGAUAAUGGUCAGUUCGUCAGUGGUGCUUCUGCAGAAAUAUUCACUGAGGAUGGUGCUAGUGCUGAAUACAGUACAGCUGAUGGAGUUGGCUUGGGAAAUAUGAUGUCUGAUGAUGGUCAGUUCGUCAGUGGUGCUUCUGCAAAAAUAUUCACUGAGGAUGGUGCUAGUGCUGAAUACAGUACAGCUGGUGGAGUUGGCUUCGGAGAUAUGAUGUCCGAUAAUGGUCAGUUCGUCAGUGGUGCUUCUGCAGAAAUAUUCACUGAGGAUGGUGCUAUUGCUGAAUACAGUACAGCUGGUGGAGUUGGCUUCGGAGAUAUGAUGUCUGAUGAUGGUCAGUUCGUCAGUGGUGCUUCUGCAGAAAUAUUCACUGAGGAUGGUGCUAGUGCUGAAUACGGUACAGCUGAUGGAGUUGGCUUCGCAGAUAUGAUGUCAGAUGAUGGUCAAUUCUUUAGUUUUGCUUCAGCUGAAACAUUCACUGAGGAUGAAGCUGGUGAUAAAUAUGGUACAGCUGGUGGAGUUGGCUUCGGAGAUAUGAUGUCCGGUGAGAGUCAAUUGUUCUUUGAGGAUGGUGCUAAUGCUGAAUACUGUACAGCUGGUGGAGUUGGCUUCGCAGAUAUGAUGUCUGAUGAUGGUAAAUUCUUUAGUGGUGCUUCAGCUGAAACAAUCAUUGAGGAUGGUGCUAGUGCUGAAUACGGUACAGCUGGUGCAGUUGGCUUCGCAGAUAUGAUGUCUGAUGAUGGUCAAUUCUUUAGUGGUGCUUCAGCUGAAACAUUCACUGAGGAUGAAGCUGGUGAUAAAUAUGGUACAGCUGGUGGAGUUGGCUUCGGAGAUAUGAUGUCCGAUAAUGGUCAGUUCUUCAGUGGUGCUUCAGCUGAAACAUUCACUGAGGAUGGAGAUAGUGCUGAAUACAGUACAGCUGGUGGAGUUGGCUUCGGAGAUAUGAUGUCCGAUAAUGGUCAGUUCGUCAGUGGUGCUUCUGCAGAAAUAUUCACUGAGGAUGGUGCUAUUGCUGAAUACAGUACAGCUGGUGGAGUUGGCUUCGGAGAUAUGAUGUCUGAUGAUGGUCAGUUCGUCAGUGGUGCUUCUGCCGAAACAUUCACUGAGGAUGGUGCUAGUGCUGAAUACGGUACAGCUGGUGGAGUUGGCUUCGGAGAUAUGAUAUCCGAUGAUGGUCAAUUCUUAAGUGGUGCUUCUGCUGAAACAUUCCCUGAGGAUGAAGCUGGUGAUAAAUAUGACACAGCUGGUGGAGUUGGCUUAGAAGAUAUGAGGUCCGAUGAUGAUCAAUUCUUCAGUGGUGCUUCUGCCGAAGGAUUCAAGAUCAUUGCUGCUGGUGAUGAAUAUGAUACAGCUGGUGGAGUUGGCUUCGGAGAUAUGAUGUCUGAUCAUGGUCAAUUCUAUAGUGGUGCUUUUGCUGAAACAUUCACUGAGGAUGGAGCUGGUGAUGAAUACAAUUCAGCUGGUGGAGUUGGCUUCGGAGAUAUGAUGUCUGAUGAUGGUCAAUUCUUUAGUGGUGCUUCAGCUGAAACAUUCACUGAGGAUGAAGAUGGUGAUGGAUACGCUACAGCCGGUGGAGUUGGCUUAGAAGAUAUGAAGUCCGAUGAUGAUCAAUUCUUCAGUGGUGCUUCUGCCGAAGGAUUCAAGAUCAGUGCUGCUGGUGAUGAAUAUGGUACAGCUGCUGGAGUUGGCUUCGGAGAUAUGAUGUCCGAUCAUGGUCAAUUCGUCAGUGGUAAUUCAGCCGAAGGAUUCAAGAUCAGAGCUGCUGGUGAUGAAUAUGAUACAGCUGGUGGAGUUGGCUUCGGAGAUAUGAUGUCUGAUGAUAGUCAAUUCUUUAGUGGUGCUUCUGCUGAAACAUUCACUGAGGAUGGAGCUGGCGAUGGAUAUAUUACGGAUGGUGGAGUCGACUUCGGAGAUAUGAUGUCCGAUGAUGGUCAAUUCUUCAUUGGUAAUUCAGCUAUAGAAUUCAAUAUCAGUGCUGCUGGUGAUGAAUAUGGUACAGCUGUUGGAGUUGGCUUCGGAGAUAUGAUGUCUGAUGAUGGUCAAUUCUUCAAAGGUGCUUCUGCUGAAAAAUUCACUGAGGAUGGAGCUGGUGAUGGAUACGCUACAGCUGGUGGAGUUGGCUUCGUAGAUAUGAUGUCCGAUGAUGGUCAAUUCUUCAAAGGUGCUUCUGCAGAAACAUUCACUGACGAUGGAGCUGGUGAUGGAUACGCUACAGCUGGUGAAGUUGGCUUCGUAGAUAUGACGUCCGAUGAUGGUCAAUUCUUCAAAGGUGGUUCUGCAGAAACAUUCACUGACGAUGGAGCUGGUGAAGGAUACGCUACAGCUGGUGGAGUUAGCUUCGGAGAUAUGAUGUCCGAUGAUGAUCAAUUCUUCAGUGGUGCUUCUGCCGAAGGAUUUGAGAUUAGUGUUGCUGCUAAUGAAUAUGGUACAGCUGGUGGAGUUGGCUUCGGAGAUAUGAUGUCUGAUGAUGGUCAAUUGUUCAAAGGUGCUUUUGCUGAAGCAGUCACUGAGGAUGGAGCUGGUGAUGGAUACGCUACAGCUGGUGGAGUUGGCUUCGUAGAUAUGAUGUCCGAUGAUGGUCAAUUCUUCAAAGGUGCUUCUGCAGAAACAUUCACUGACGAUGGAGCUGGUGAUGGAUACGCUACAGCUGGUGAAGUUGGCUUCGGAUAUAUGAUGUCCGAUGAUGGUCAAUUCUUCAAAGGUGCUUCUGCCGAAGGAUUCAAGAUCAGUGCUGCUGGUGAUGAAUAUGGUACAGCUGGUGGAGUUGGCUUCGGAGAUAUGAUGUCCGAUGAUGGUCAAUUCUUCAGUGGUAAUUCAGCCGAUGGAUUCAAGAUCAUAGCUGCUGGUGAUGAAUAUGAUACAGCUGGUGGAGUUGGCUUCGUAGAUAUGAUGUCCGAUGAUGGUCAAUUCUUCAAAGGUGCUUCUGCAGAAACAUUCACUGACGAUGGAGCUGGUGAUGGAUACGCUACAGCUGGUGAAGUUGGCUUCGUAGAUAUGAUGUCCGAUGAUGAUCAAUUCUUCAGUGGUGCUUCUGCCGAAGGAUUCGAGAUUAUUGUUGCUGCUUAUGAAUAUGGUACAGUUGGUGGAGUUGGCUUCGGAGAUAUGAUGUCUGAUGAUGGUCAAUUGUUCAAAGGUGCUUCUGCUGAAGCAGUCACUGAAGAUGGAGGUGGUGAUGGAAACGCUACAGCUGGUGAAGUUGGCUUCAGAGAUAUGAUGUCCGAUGAUGGUCAAUUGUUCAAAGGUGCUUCUGCAGAAUCAUUCACUGAGGAUGGAGCUGGUGAUGCAUACACUACAUCUGGUGGAGUUAGCUUCGGAGAUAUGAUGUCCGAUGAUGAUCAAUUUUUCAGUGGUGCUUCUGCCGAAGGAUUCGAGAUUAGUGUUGCUGCUGAUGAAUAUGGUACAGCUGGUGUAGUUGGCUUCGGAGAUAUGAUGUCUGAUGAUGGUCAAUUGUUCAAAGGUGCUUCUGCUGAAGCAGUCACUGAGGAUGGAGCUGGUGAUGGAUACGCUACAGCUGGUGGAGUUGACUUCGGAGAAAUGAAGUCCGAUGAUAAUCAAUUCUUUAGUGUUGCUUCUGCUAAAACAUUCACUAAGGAUGGAGCUGGUGAUGGAUACGCUACGGCUAGUGGAGUCGACUUCGGAGAUAUGAUGUCCGAUGAUGAUCAAUUCGUCAGUGGUAAUUCAGCCGAAGGAUUCAAGAUCAGUGCUCCUGGUAAUGAAUAUGGUACAGCUGGUGGAGUUGACUUCGGAGAUAUGAUGUACGAUGAUGGUCAAUUCUUCAAAGGUGCUUCUGCUGAAACAUUCACUGAGGAUGGAACUGGUGAUGGAUAUGCUACAGCUGGUGGAGUUGGCUUCGAAGAUAUGAUGUCCGAUGAUGGUCAAUUGUUCAGUGGUAAUUCAGCCGAAGGAUUCAAGAUCAGUGCUGCUGGUGAUGAAUAUGGUACAGCUGGUGGAGUUGGCUUCGGAGAUAUGAUAACUGAUGAUGGUCAAUUCGUCAGUGGUAAUUCAGCCGAAGGAUUCAAGAUCAGUGCUGCUGGUGAUGAAUAUGAUACAGCUGGAGGAGUUGGCUUCGUAGAUAUGUUGUCCGAUCAUGGUCAAUUCUAUAGUGGUGCUUCUGCUGAAAUAUUCACUAAGGAUGGAGCUGGUGAUGGAUACGCUUCAGCCGGUGGAGUCGGCUUCGAAGAUAUGAUGUCCGAUGAUGGUCAAUUGUUCGAAGGUGCUUCUGCAGAAUCAUUCACUGAGGAUGGAGCUGGUGAUGGAUACGCUACAGCUGGUGGAGUUGGCUUCGUAGAUAUGAUGUCCGAUGAUGGUCAAUUCUUCAAAGGUGCUUCUGCAGAAACAUUCACUGACGAUGGAGCUGGUGAUGGAUACGCUACAGCUGGUGAAGUCGGCUUCGGAGAUAUGAUGUCUGAUGAUGGUCAAUUGUUCAAAGGUGCUUCUGCAGAAUCAUUCACUGAGGAUGGAGCUGGUGAUGGAUACGCUACAGCUGGUGGAGUUCGCUUCGUAGAUAUGAUGUCCGAUGAUGGUCAAUUCUUCAAAGGUGCUUCUGCUGAAACAUUCGCUGAGGAUGGAGCUGGUGAUGGAUACGCUACAGCUGGUGCAGUUGGCCUCGAAGAUAUGAUGUCCGAUGAUGAUCAAUUCUUCAGUGGUGCUUCUGCCGAAGGAUUCAAGAUCAGUGCUGCUGGUGAUGAAUAUGGUACAGCUGGUGGAGUUGGCUUCGGAGAUAUGAUAACUGAUGAUAGUCAAUUCGUCAGUGGUAAUUCAGCCGAAGGAUUCAAGAUCAGUGCUGCUGGUGAUGAAUAUGAUACAGCUGGUGGAGUUGGCUUCGUAGAUAUGAUGUCCGAUCAUGGUCAAUUCUCAAAGUGUGCUUCUGCUGAAAUAUUCACUAAGGAUGGAGCUGGUGAUGGAUACGCUACAGCCGGUGCAGUCGGCUUCGAAGAUAUGAUGUCCGAUGAUGGUCAAUUCUUCGAGGUGCUUCUGCCAAAGGAUUCAAGAUCAGUGCUGCUGGUGAUGGAUAUGCUACAGCUGGUGGAGUUGGCUUCGGAGAUAUGA